AUGGAGUCUGCAAAGAAGACCAUCAGCAGCAUCGUGUACGGCAGCGAUGAGACCGGCCAGUCAACAAAUAGCACAGGCCCCGGGACUCACAACUCGGAUACAUUCUCCUCUGCCGGAACCAACCACACUUCAUCGUCCACCGCCGCCACGCACAAUACCACCUCAAGCGCAGCUACCGACACCAAAUCAGCUCCCACCGUCCAUGAUAUAACCACUUCGAACGGAGGUGAAGGCACCCAUUCCCAUGUGGGAGGCGCCCACCACACUGCAGGCACCCACCACCAUCAGGAAGGCUCUGAAUUCCGCUCAGGCACUCAGCAAUACGAAGGCACCAAGCAUCAUGAUGGCAGUCAUCACCAUGAAGGUCCCAGACACUCUGGCACGCCGUCUGAACCAGACCGUGCUGACGUACAAACUCCACAUCAAGGCCGAGACCCAGCUCUCGUCGGUGAGCCCGCUGGCACGGGCACAGGCAAAUUGACCGGCACCGCUGAACCAGGUUCACACAGCGCCGUCUUUGGUCUGACUCCGGAUGGUCAUAGGGAAACCAAGACCUCUCCUUACUCGACGGCUCCUGUCCCGGCGAGCAGCCUUGGACGCCACUCGGCAAACAAGGCUGGACAUAACGACACUUCGUCUCGUGCUCCCAUGGGCGCGGGCGUCCAUGAACAGAUGAACAGACCUGAUAACGGUCCAAAGGGUCUGGAGCGGACUGACCCUGCUCCUGCUCACCCUGGCUCGGGAUCCAAAGCGGGUUCUGGUACGGCCAACCCCUUGGCAUGA